AUGGAAAAAUCUUCGAAGCCUGUAAAGAAUGAACACUUCGAGGACGCAGACCUCAAACACCAUGAAGAGACGUUACAAGAUCAGGAAGAGAUUGAAAUCAACGAUGCGGCGGAAAACAAAAGGCUUAAUCGACGGCUUGACUUGCGCGUCUUGCCAUUGUGCUGCUGGGUCUAUCUUCUCAACUUUCUCGACAGAGGCAAUAUCGGAAAUGCUCGAGUACUCAACGCUGAGACCAACGACGACAUGCUUCAAGUCACUGGUUUGACUCCUCACGGCUAUGCCCUGACCGUCACCCUGUUCUCUGUGGCUUAUGCUGUGUUCGAGAUCCCUAGUAACUGGGUUAUGAAACACUACAUCCGACCGUCAAUGUGGUUGGGCAUUCUGCUUUUCGUAUGGGGUGCUUUGACGAUUGGCUUUGCAGGAGUCCAAAACACCGCUACGAUCAUCGUGUUGAGAUUUCUGAUCGGAGCUUUCGAGGCAGGCUUCUUUCCAGGUAUCGUGUACUUCAUCACCAUUUGGUACCGCUGGAAUGAGCGCGCCGUCCGAAUCGCCCUUGUCAUCGCAUUCUGCAACCUGGCAGGCGCCUUCGGGGGCGCCAUAGCAUACGGUGUCGGUCACAUCAACGGCGUAGCAGGUCUCGAAGGCUUCCGGUUGCUCUUCAUCAUCGAAGGAAUCAUUACCCUGCUGUCUGCCUUCCUCCUAUGGUUCUUCUUACCAGACUACCCUGCUCGGGCGAAGUGGCUUAACAGUGCCGAGAAGAAGUUCGCUGUCGACCGCCUGGCCGAACGAGGUGGUGGCUACAAUCGAGAACAUGCUACACGUAAAGAGAUCCUGGAUACAUGCUUCAGCCCGCGCAUGUUGCUACAUUACAUCGCAUACAUCGCAGAUGUCGUUCCCCAGGGCUCCUUCACCUUCUUUACUCCGACCAUCGUUACUGGUCUAGGUUAUCAAUCGAUCCACGCACAACUCCUGACCGUCCCGCCCUGGGUCGUGGGAUUCUUUGUCGCCAUCACGAUCUCGUACACAGCCGACAAAUUCAACGCUCGCGGCUGGCACAUUACCACAUUUUCGUUGAUCGGCGGUGCAGGCUGGCUCACCGCUGGUCUGCUACCAGCCGAUGCAUACGUACAACGUUAUGGCUGCCUGUGCCUUGCUGCUGCUGGAGCUUUUCCGUGUGCGCCAUCGUUGACCAAUUGGGUAACCUGCAAUACACCCAGCUUUUUGACCCUGCCAUUAGCUAUCGCGGUGAACAACUCCUGCGCUGGUAUCGGGCAGAUCAUUGCGCAGUGGAUCUGGAAGAACAACGAGCGCAACAAGGGCUUUCCAACUGGUAACUUUGUGUGCGCGGCAUGUAGUUUUCUGGUCGCUGCUAUCGCUACCACGCUGAGGCUCUGGUAUGGAAGGAUGAACAAGCUCGAGAGGUCGGAUAGUAGAGGUGACCAAAGGAUUUGGGCGCUGUAG